UCACCGCCCCUUCCCCACGCCCGGGUCCACCCCCUUUCCUCCACCCUUCUCGCUAAUACAGAGUGUUAAGCGCCCGCUUUCACUAGUUUUUGUCGGUGCCAAAUUUCCAAUCGAGGUACAUAGCAGGGGGAACUGCGUUCGGGGCGUGUUAGGUUGAAUCCUCGGUGGGCCGCCUGUAUGCCCCCAAGGAUAGUCUGGGUUCUUCCCCGCGCGCGACACUAAUCGCCCGCCCGCUCACCUUCUUCAUUGGAUGGAAGGAGAUUCACAGUUAGUCAGCCAGGGCUCCUGCGAGCAGGCGGGCUGAGGGAGACCAACUCCGGCCGGUAACUUCCAUCCAGCCCGCCCGCCCGCGUCCCGAGACUUCGCCUCACGUUCGCCGGCGCCGGAGGGACUGGGACGCUGCCAGGGGUCCCCGGGCAUGGGGAGCCGGGUCGCCUGCGGGGAGCAUGUGGCGGCUGCCUCCGUCUCCCCCAUGUGCUGCCGCUGAGCUGGGAGCCCGGAGCCCCGAGCGGGAGCCAGCCGCCUGGUGAGCAGCUAGGGGGAAGCGGGAACCCCCUGCAACGCCCUUACACAGGCCUCCCCCCCCCCCACGGAUCCUGCGUCCCUGAGCCCCAGACCCCCGCGCCGCGACUGGCAGCUCCCCGGAGCCUCCGCAUGGCCCGCCCCGAGCGACCCUGGCCCCUGGUCCCUGACACCCUCCUGGCCCCUCGUCAGUGACCCUGGCCCCCACGCACGGACGCCUCCGGCCUUGCAUCGCGGGCCGCCGCCACCCGUGACUGGCCCAUAAUCACUGGCACCUUACUUCUCCCGACUGACCGGCCCCUAUUCACUAACCCCCCGCCCCGGGAUUGAGCUUUUCCUGAACCCCUCCCCUUCCCAGACUCACCAACCCCUGAUCACUGACCCCCAAUUCCUGGAUCCUUCCAGUCCACUUCUCUUUGAACCUCCCCCCGGAAGCCCUUUGCCCCCAAUUCACCCCACUUCUCCAACCCUUGCCCUUCAAAUCCACCCUAGACUGGCCCAGCUACUCCCCCAUGCUUUUCCUUUAGCCUGACUCCACUCACCACUUCCUUUAAUCCUGACUUCCUUCACUUCCCCCCUUAAACCUAUGUUACACGCAAAUUUGACCUUAUCUCUUCCAAAACCUGGACCCUGCCUCUAACAGCCCGAACCCCAAUAACAUAUGCACCAAGCCACUCAACUGGUCCUCCUUCCAAAAAUCAAUAACCACCACCCAGAAUCUCCCUGAAAAUCAACCCUCCCCCUCAUUGAGUUUGAUGGAGUGAUGAGAUUCGCCCAUCUCCUGGAUUAUCCUCUUGGGUGACUGAAGAAACUUUUGCUGCUAUUGUUUCAUCAUUUUACUUUUUUUUGCACAAAGAUUUUUCUGAAUGUCAUGAGAGAUGAAAGGAAAUUUUGGAUGUUUGUUUCCACCCUUUGGAAGCUGCAGAAGCAAAGGGGAAAUGCACCAGAGGAACUGAGCUCCAUCUAAUUGAGGAAAUCUAUUAUUUGCCAGAUUGCUGAUUUCAUUGGACUGCUAAAAAGAACAACAUAAGCCUGGCACAAAGUUUACAUCCAAAUUCAGGGAGGAAUGAAGGGGGUUGAAAAAGAAUCUUACAACAAAAUCUAAACUUGAAGUUUCCAUUGCUUUCCUUUUGACCUGGAAGGGAUCACUUCACCCCCCCCCCCCCAAGUAAUAAGCUAUUUUUGUGGAAUUCAUAACUGGAGAAUUAAAGUAGUAGAAUGACCUCUCCGGUGGAUCCCAAGAUUAAACAGGCUUUGCGAAAAAAACCAUCAGAAAGGACUCAAGAGGACUUAAAUACUAUCUAUUCUUAUCUUCAUGGAAUGGACAUAUUGUCACAUCUCAGGGAACAUCAGCUAAGAAUAAUGUCUUCAAGUGCUCGCUAUGAAAGAUACAAGGGCAACCAAGUUCUUUUUUGUUCAGACACUAUUGCCAGAUGUUGGUAUAUUCUUCUUUCUGGAUCUGUCCUUAUGAAGGACUCCAUGUUUUUACCACCAUGCAGUUUUGGCAAGCAGUCUGGAGGAAAAAGAGGCUGCGAGUGUAUUAUAUUGGAACCUUCUGAAAUGAUCGUGGUGGAGAAUUCCAAAGACAAUGAAGAGAAUAUCCUGCAAAGAGAAGUUCCCCUCAGGCAGUCUCGGCGAAGGUUUAGGAAGAUUAACCAGCGGGGAGAACGUCAGACCAUCACAGACAAUGUGGAUGCUAGCAGUUAUCUUUUGCUUCCAGCAGACCUUACCAAGAUGCAUCUUACAGACAAUCCACAUCCACAGGUGACUCAUGUCCCUUCCAGCCAGUCUGGAUGUAGCAUUGCCAGUGACUCUGGAAGCAGCAGCUUAUCGGAUAUCUACCAGGCUACAGAAAGUGAUAUGGGAGAUGUAGAUUUAACAGGUCUCCCAGAAGCACCUGUGGACUCUGAAGAUGAAGAAGAAGAAGAUGAAGAUAUUGACAGAACUUCAGAUCCAUUACUGGGGCGAGAUGUUGUUCGAGAGUGCCUUGAAAAAGAACCUGCAGACAAAACGGAUGAUGACAUUGAGCAAUUACUGGAAUUUAUGCAUCAACUCCCAGCCUUUGCAAACAUGACCAUGUCUGUAAGAAGAGAACUUUGUUCAGUUAUGAUAUUUGAAGUGGUAGAACAAGCAGGAGCCAUCAUACUUGAAGAUGGACAAGAACUUGAUUCUUGGUAUGUUAUUUUAAACGGCACCGUGGAAAUCAGCCAUCCAGAUGGGAAAACUGAAAGUCUCUGUAUGGGAAAUAGUUUUGGGAUUACCCCUUCUUUGGAUAAACAGUACAUGAAUGGAGUGGUUAGGACCAAAGUAGAUGACUGUCAGUUUGUUUGUAUAGCCCAGCAGGAUUACUGGCGGAUUCUGAACCAUGUGGAAAAAAACACUCAUAAAGUCGAGGAAGAAGGAGAAAUUGUUAUGGUAAAGGAGCACAGAGAGCUAGAUCGCAGUGGAACCAGGAAAGGACAUAUAGUCAUUAAGGCAACACCUGAGCGACUCAUCAUGCAUUUAAUAGAAGAACAUUCUAUUGUGGACCCAACUUAUAUAGAAGAUUUCCUUUUAACAUACAGGACAUUUCUAUCAAGCCCAUUGGAAGUUGGGGAUAAACUUCUGGAAUGGUUUAAAGUGGACAGCCUCAGGGAUAAGGUCACCAGAGUGGUCUUAUUGUGGGUGAACAAUCAUUUUAAUGAUUUUGAAGGAGAUCCCGCUAUGACACGAUUUCUGGAAGAAUUUGAAAAAAACUUGGAAGAUACGAAAAUGAAGGGUCACCUCAGGUUGUUGAAUAUUGCCUGUGCCGCCAAAGCAAAGUGGAGGCAAAUUACUCUGCAGAAACCUUCCAGAGACUCGCCACUCUUUUUCUGUCUAGUUGGAGGAAGUGACAAGGGUUUUGGCAUUUUUGUAGAGACAGUAGAAACAGGCAGCAAAGCAGCAGAAGCUGGACUUAAGCGUGGUGAUCAGAUAAUGGAAGUAAAUGGACAGAACUUUGAGAACAUUACAUUUGUAAAAGCUGUUGAAAUCUUGAGGAACAAUACUCAUCUUUCCAUUACUGUAAAAACAAACAUUUUUGUGUUUAAAGAGCUACUUAGCAGGAUAGGACAGGAGAAAAAUGGAGUCCCCCAUAUUCCAAAAAUUGCAGAAAAGAAAAGUAAUCGCUACUCCAUCCCAGAUAUGCCCGGAGAUAUGGAACAGAUGUUUCCAUGCGAGAAAGGAAACAAGAAAAUCAAAGCAAACACUGUAUCUGGUGGAAGAAACAGAAUCAGGAAAAUUUUAGACAAGACACGAUUCAGCAUCUUGCCUCCCAAACUAUUUAGUGAUGGCAGUGUAAGCCAGUCACAGGAUGACAGUAUUGUUGGAACAAGGCAGUGCAGACACAGUUUGGCCAUAAUGCCUAUCCCUGGAACACUCUCAUCAAGUAGUCCUGAUCUGUUGCAGCCUACAACCAGCAUGCUGGAUUUUACUAAUCCUUCAGAUAUUCCAGAUCAAGUUAUAAGAGUUUUCAAAGCAGAUCAACAAAGCUGUUACAUUAUAAUAAGCAAAGACACUACUGCAAAAGAAGUUGUGAGUCAUGCAGUGCACGAAUUCAACUUGAUAGGAGCCCCAGAAACCUACUCUCUCUGUGAGGUGUCUGUUAGUCCUGAGGGAGUCAUCAAACAGAGAAGGCUUCCAGAUCAGUUCUCCAAAUUAGCAGACAGAAUCCAGCUCAAUGGAAGGUAUUAUCUGAAAAACAAUAUGGAAACAGAGACAUUAUGCUCAGAUGAGGAUGCCCAGGAGCUGCUUAGAGAGAGUCAGAUUUCUCUUCUUCAGCUGAGCACCAUUGAGGUGGCUACUCAGCUAUCAAUGAGGGACUUUGAAUUAUUUCGCAAUAUUGAGCCUACUGAAUACAUCGAUGACCUCUAUAAGAUGGACUCCAAAACAGGAAAUGCUCACCUGAAACAGUUUGAGGAUGUCAUUAACCAAGAGACAUUCUGGGUUGCCACAGAAAUUUUAACAGAGCCCAACCAGCUCAAAAGAAUGAAGAUUGUUAAGCAUUUCAUUAAAAUUGCCCUACACUGUCGAGAAUGCAAGAACUUCAAUUCCAUGUUUGCCGUUAUAAGUGGGCUAAAUCUGGCACCAGUAGCACGACUCAGAGGUACUUGGGAAAAGCUACCAAGCAAGUAUGAAAAGCACCUUAGAGAUCUUCAAGAUCUUUUUGAUCCAUCUAGAAACAUGGCAAAGUACCGCAACAUUCUUAGCAGUCAGAGCAUGCAGCCUCCAAUUAUUCCACUGUUUCCUGUUGUCAAGAAGGAUAUUACUUUUCUACAUGAAGGAAAUGAUUCAAAAGUGGAUGGCCUGGUAAAUUUUGAGAAACUUAGAAUGAUUGCCAAAGAAAUUCGACAAGUCGUCAGAAUGACCUCUGCUAACAUGGAUCCAGCUGUAAUGUUCAGACAAAGGUCUCUGAGCCAGGGCAGCACAAACUCAAACAUGCUUGAUGUUCAAGGAGGUGCUCACAAAAAACGUGCUCGACGCAGCUCACUCCUUAAUGCCAAGAAGCUGUAUGAGGAUGCCCAGAUGGCCAGGAAGGUGAAGCAGUACCUUUCCAAUCUGAAUGUGGAAACCGAUGAGGAAAAAUUCCAGAUCAUGUCACUUCAAUGCGAGCCUGCAUAUAGCACUUUGACCAAGAAUUUAAAUGAGAGAAAAGGCGCAAAAUCCUCAGAAAUGUCACCAAUACCCAUGAGGUCAGUUGGUCAAACCACAAAAGCCCAUCUGCAUCAACAAAACAGAAUGAGCCAAGUUCUCCAAGUUCCAGCUGUUAAUUUGUACCCUAUUAGAAAAAAAGGACCAGCUAAGGACCAUGUCACCUUCAGUUCUCCUCAGAAGUCACUCAGUUUGUCUGAGGAAGUAAGUAGUAAGAAACAAGCAGAAGAUAGUAUAUCUAUGGCAUCCUCUUUGCACUCCAGUCCUCCCGCUUCUCCUCAGGGCUCUCCACACAAAGUUGGUAACAUCCAGAGGUCUGAUAACUGUGGUCAAAUGAAUCUCUCUGGUUCCUCCUCAUCGCUUGCCAGUGAAACCAGCAACAAGAACAGUGGGCAACGCAGCUAUGGAAUAGGCUAUGCCCUCAUACCAUCCACUAAAUCUGAUAACUUCUCAGACUCCAGCCACAGUGAGAUCUCAUCGCGGUCCAGCAUCGUGAGUAACUGCUCUGCCGACUCAAUGUCUGCAGCCCUACAGGAUGAGAGAUGUUUGCCUCAGUCUCUUAUUGUGAUGGAUUCAGCAGGAGGAGUAGAAAGAAAAGAAGUUCCUCAACCAUCGGCUGAGUAUAGCCAGCCUAGCACUGGUUGGUCACUAACUAGACCUGCUAUAAUCAGAGGGAUGGCUGUCACAUCUUCCAUGAGUAAUGAGGAGAUCUCCCAUGAACAUAUCACAAUAGAAGCUGCAGACAGUGGCCGUGGAAGCUGGACUUCAUGUUCAAGUAGUUCUCAUGAUAACUUUCAGAAUAUCCAAAACCAGAAAAGUUGGGAUCUCUUGAAUGCUUACCGCCACACUCAUCUAGAUGGACCCAUUGCUGAAGUAGAACCCACAAACUGUUGCUCUGAAGAGACUUAUUUGAAUUCUGAAGCCUUUUCCAAAAAUAAUCGACAAUCAAAAGCCAGCACGGAACGUGAUCAGUCUCGGCAAAGCUGGGCCUCCUCGAGCUCUCUGUCAGACACGUAUGAAACAAACUAUGGGACAAUUAAACGGAGAGGGCUGGAGCACUCUACAGCGGAGCAGACUGAGGUUUUGGACUCUAAGCCAGCCACUGAUGCAAAUUAUAAAACUGUUACGUCAAGUACAGAAAAAGGCCUGAUAGUGUACUGUGUCACCUCACCUAAGAAGGACGAUAGGUAUAGGGAGCCUCCGCCCACCCCUCCAGGAUAUAUGGGGAUUUCUUUAGCGGACAUAAAGGAAGGAUCACCCCAUCACCCACACUUAAAGCCUCCAGACUAUAGUGUGGCAGUGCAGAGGUCAAAGAUGCUACAUAGUGACCUCUCUAGACUUUCAUCAGCUUCUCUCAGUAGUGAACCAGUGGCCUGUAUUUCAUCGAAGAUGCCUCAAUGGCAUAAACGGCAACCGUCCCAUCCUAAACUAGCAGAUAUGACUGACGCAGAUAGUGAAGAGGAUGAAGAUGAACAAGUAUCAGCAGUCUAACCAUUGGGCUAUCUCUGAAAACCACUUCAAAUCACAGGGGACGUGGGAAUAUGAACCAUAUGAUUGUUAGCUAAUGCUGACAACUUGCUGCUACUAACCUCAAAAGUUGUAUUUGCCUCAGUCGUGGACAAUAUGAACCUGGCUGGAUCAUAAAUCUCUCUAACUUACUUCACUCUACCACAGUCAGCUACCACAGCCUAAGAAAACUAUUUAUGCUGUGAUAUAAAUACCAGUUUCCAAGGAGUACAGACUACCUGAGGACUGAAAUCAGUAUGAUGAGAAGGACCAGUCUUAGUACAUUGGGACCACCAAUUGUCAAGAACCACUUGAAACUUGGAAGCAUUCUUCUGUAUAAUACCUUAUAAUCCUUUGGUAGAUUUCUGUGAUAUAUAUUUUCCACAUGACCAUUAUAAUUCUAAAAUUAAGAAUGUUAUUUUACAUACUUAAGCAAAAUUGGGGACACUGCGGCAGUAUCUGAAAAAGUAAUUUAUUUAUUUGGAGUUUAUGGAGGGUUUUCUUUUAUUUUUACUGGGAGUGCUCUGGUUGGCUAGUGUGAACACUGGCAAAGAAAAUGGGUACUAACUUAGAUACAUGUCAAUAUUCUUUGUGCUAUUGAAACAGACCGGUAACAGGCCUAACAACUCCUUUAGAAAUACCCGGAUUUUGGGUGUGUACUUAAUGUAAAUAGAAUAAAGGAUUUGGAAAUUAAUGUGCAUACAGCAAUGAAACACUGCCAUCUCUUGGUCCUGCUCUAGAAAACUCUGGAAAAUAUGUCUUUAACUAUCAGCCUGUUGGGAAGAAAACUGGAGUUCUUCUCCACAUUCCCCCAAAUUAAAGGUUUGAAACAUGGAGGCUGUAGUUCCUGUGAAAUUAUUUGGUAUGUUCAAAACUUCCCAAGUAGGACUGUAAACAAAUUUUGCACUGCAUGGUGCAGCAUGUAAAUCACAUUGUUAGCAAUAGAAAGUAAAAUUAGUGCUCUGUGGGUUCUGUGAUCAUCCUAUAUUUUUUUUCUACUUGUACCAAAAUUCAAAUAUUUUAGGUACUGGAAUUAUUUAAAAGGAAAAUUGUUACCACUCCCAUUAUGGAGUAGAUAGAAAAUGUAUUAAUAUAGCAUUUUAACCAUAGGCCAUUGCACAUAAUACAGUAAAUAAAUACAAAUUUUAUAUCAACACAAGCCAUUAUGGAAUAAUAUUUGUGAAAGUGAACAUUUGAGAUAUAGUACAAUAUAGUAUUAUGAUUCUGAAAACCUACCGCAUUCAUCCAAUGAAUUAGAUUAGAAUGUUUCAAGUUUUAGAGUGAAAUCCUGGCCUAGUUGUAAUCAGUGGGGGUUUUUACUUGGAUGGAGCCAGGGUUCAUGUUCUUUUUGUACAAUUAGGGUAAACAAAGUUGCUUGCUUUAAUUUUACUUAGCCAACCAGAGCACAUGGGGUAAAACUGGAAAUACCUGCAUUUUCUUUCGUGUUCUAGCACAGGAUAACCCAAUCAAAUAUUAUAAUAUUAUAACUUUUACAUUUUACUUGUAAAUCUUAAUGGGGAUGUUUACAGACUAAGUUAGCUAGAUGUUUGUCAUUUUACAGGUGCCUCAAAGAAUUUAUAUAUUACGUUAUGAGGAGUUUUUAAAUUUCUCCUAUUUUUUUUUCCUGGUGUAGAGCAAAUGCAGCAUUUUCUGAAAAAGACACAAGUACCAAAAAAACCCCAAAGCCUUUGAUGUGCAUCACCCAUAUCUACUUGGGGCUGAUGUUGACAAACAUAAGAAUGUGUUCGAUCAGACUUUUGCUUGUGUUCAUGUGUGUGCCAGAUUUAAUAUUAUCCUGUGGCUGGAAUGUACCCUGUAUUGAUCCUUGUAUCCUGAAAUCCUAAAUCAGUCAAGAGCAGUCAUGUGGGGAGAGGCUGCCUAAUUCGUAAUUAGUUGAUUGACUAUAUGUUAGAUUUUUUUGGUAUGAACAUCUGAGGAGUAAAUAGCUGAAAAAUCAUGUUUAAAAACAGAUUAGCUGUUUCUUAAAGGAUACUUUCUUCUUCAUCAAGGCCUUAAUGUUUACAAUGAACUUGUGUAGGCCUUAAUGAAUCAAGAUUAAUAUAAGUGUCAAAAUGGUCUAGGGCAAAAUGAUUACUUUCAGCAUAUAUAAUGUUAACUUCUUAAUCUUUAAAAUGAUGUGUUGCAAGAUAUAAAUUGCAAAUUCUAGUAAUCCCACAGUAAACUGUAAUUGUUUGUUAGCUUCUAAGCGGCGUGCACAAUAGGCUUACCAUUUUAAUCAGAAAAUCAUGUGUUUUGUGCCAGAUAAAUUAAGUCCUAAGGUUUCAGUGACCUCAGAUAUUGAUUUGUAGUUUAUUUCAGUCUGUUGAACAAAGGUAAAGGAUUAAGUCUUUGUUCUUGAGGUGACCUCCUUUCUAUCUAAGGGUCUGAUACUGCUUCCACUGAUGUCAGUGGGAAAACUCCCAAUGACUCCCUUGGGAGCUGGAUUGGGGCCCUCAUCUGGUAUCCAUUAAGCCAGCCAUUUGAUAUUGAUUACCCAUUUAAACUUGGUGUUUGCACAUCAACAACAUCAAUCUGUUCAGCAGUACUUUUCAGGACAUUGUUUUUAAAAGUGGGUAAAAGUCUUGCUAAUCAUAUUUUCCUAUUAGACAGUACAACUAGUGUAAAUAAAUCAUGCAUAAACUAUUGAUAAAUGAGCUACUUUUUCUGCUUCUUCUUGGACAGUGUGGCUUGCCUCUGCUUGUCCUUGCUGUGACUUCAUUUGGUUUUGAAUUCAACUGAUCACAUUGAUCGGGGACAAUAGCCAAAUGUAGUGUGUCUUGUAUAGAUUUGAAGAGACAUUAUCCCUUUUUUCAGCUUUGAAAAUUGUGAAUUAAGACUGCUUAAUUCGGGUUUUACGUUUCAUGUCAGUGGUAUCUCAUGGAACCAAAAAAUGUGAGCUGACUUACCUGUACAGCACUCCAUCCCUUUUGAUUUCUUUCUCUUACACAGCCCUAACUUCUGCUGAGCAAUUCAUGUCCCCACUAAUAUUCUUCCUGCAUUUACAUUUUGUUGCUUGCUCUUUCACUAAUUGUUUGUUUGCUCAUAAGUGAUGAGUGAAGGAUUUGAUUUGAUUAAAACCAAUUUGAUUUU